UUUAUUCUUCGAACUUAAUGGUACGCGUAAAUAUGCCAGUAAGGACGCAACGAAAGAAAAUAAAGAACGAUGAUUCGCUCUGCACAAACGCCACUACCGCAAGACCGGCAGAUUGAGAGCGACGUUCUUAUCACAACGCUCGGUCGCCAAGGCGACAAUCAGGCAGACCGACUGGAAACGCCAGCCGCAUUUGUUGGUGUGUUCAUUUCCGGAUCGCGCCUCCUCGCCUUUCGUCAGCGAAGAAAACCGUAGCGACCGUAUUUUCAUCGAAAGCGGGCACGGUGAUUUCUACCGCUGAAUUCUUUGUAAGGUUCGAACAGCCGUGGAUACAUCCAGCCUCUCAAAAAUACAUCAGUAUCCUUUACGGCGAAGAGGCUGAAAUCUUCUAGCCGCACAGGAAGACGCCAAGCCAUAAGCCACGUUGAAGAGCACGGAAAGCUGCAGUGCCCACAACAAGCACUAUGGGCACGUUACUGAUGUACCGGGACCUUCCCGGGGGUCCGACAAAGGUGAAGUUCGCGGACGAGAUACCCCGUCACUGUUUGUGCGGUCAGUGCGGCAUGAUCUCGCUGUCCAUGUUCCAAGAUCCCGGAGGCCACAUGUUUUGUGAUGCCUGUCUACAAGAGCAGAGCACGAAGCAUGACACGUUCGACAUCUACUGCACGUACGAACGAAAGAGAAUCGAUAUUAACGAGAUGUUUGAAGCUCGCGACCUCAUCACGAUACUCCGCGAACAGUACGUGGACUGUCCGAAUCAAGAAAAUUGCAACACAAAAGUGCAACUGCAGAAUCUACGUGAUCACUAUGUUUUAUGCAAGCAACGUGUUCAAUGCGCCAGCUGUGACCAAAGCAGCGAGACCAAAAACUGGAAGACUCACGUCUAUGCUUCCAAGUCACAACAAGACAUAGCAGAAGCAGCAGAGAAAUCCAGCGCCUCCGUGAAGACGGUAAAGGAGAGCGGAUAUCAAGAGGAACAGAGCACUCCAGUCUUACGUUCUCACAAUUCCGGGGCGUCUAAACCAAGCGCUACCCAAAAAUAUCCUGAACUUGAAAGCGCAGAAGAGUCUAAAUAUCUCCGUGAGGAACGUGGGCCUCCCGAAUCCGAUGCUGCGGCUACUGAAACACGUCAUCAGGUUAUGUCCGCGGCAGGCGGCCCAGCUGCUCCCAUGCAGCACAGUGAAGGAGAAAAUGGUGGCCCUCCCAUAAUGCAAGUAUGCGAAUUUUGCCAAAGAAACGUUAAGCAAAGCAACAUGCCACGUCACCGAGAAAAUUGCGCCAAAGCUCCGAAGCCUUGCGUGUACUGCGAGGGACAGAUUCAUCCCGCAGAUAUGCCGUCGCAUAUUCAACACUGUUCUUCGAACCCAGACAACGUAGCCACGUGCAACGCAGCAGCAGCUGCAGCAACUGCCGUAGCCGACCCCGACCCCGUAGACCACUCCUCAGCCAAUUCUGCCUUGUACUUCGAGCACAACACCCAUGUCGGUGGUACAACUGCCUGGUUCCACUACUUGGCCUCACGAGACUGGCUGAGCGCAUUCGUGACUAUGGAAGAAUCAAUCGCGUUCCAAAGAAUGGAAGAGGAAAACAGAUAUGCCGUCUUGGCUCCCGCACUCGUUUCUUUGGGUCAGUACUCCUACGUGGAGGACUUCCUGGAACAGCCCUCUCCAGUGCAGCAAUUCGACUGUCUGCUAGCAGCACUGUUUGUCCGGGCGUUCCUGCCCCGAAACGUCUUCUCAAGGACGCAAGAAGUGACGUGGACGCGAGCUCUGCAAUACCUUCCCCAUUUCCUGGCAUCUAGACUGAGUGAAGAGGCGGUGGCUUACCUCUGUGCGUACCCUGUUUUUCUGGAAGAAAUUGGCUCGCUACCGGUUGAUGGAAACCGGAAGUGUACUACGGAAAGUCAGCCGCGCCCUAAUCCAGAGCCACUCACCAUUACGGAAGAAAGAGCAUCGAGAACCAGUGUUAACACUCUUCAAAGAGAGAAGAAAGAUGAAACGGGGACGUCGGAGUGUGUUUUACGGGAACAAGCGGCUGCACCGGCUUUAUUGGACCAGCCAUGCAGCAAACGACCGCCAUUGCGUGGCUCUCGAUGCGGUCAACGGGGUCGAAGGUCACAGGCAACCGGGUUCGACCGGCGCAGAGAACCAGUGCGAACUUCCGGCAGCAGACAUCCCGAUGUUGCCAAUACUGGACGUAUCGCUCGGAGAGUUGCUGGAGUGGCAUCGCGCCUUAGAAGAAUACUUGGUCAAGCUCGGCGUUUCCGACGACAUGGAAAAGUUUCGAUAUUUAAGAUUGUCCUUGUCUUCCAGUGUGUUGAACGAACUAGACGAUAUGUUUACGUUGCCUCCACCAACACUCGCGUACGAGUGUGUUCUUAUCGCUCUAUUCAAGAGGAGCAAAACAGCGAGGGAAGGCCUUCGGGAGGAGUUUCUUGUGGAUGAAUAUCUUCAGGAAUUGCCCCGCCAACUUAGAACGAAGAUUGCCCACUGAUGUGCGGUAAUGAAGGACGUUUUCCAAACCUUUAUCUUGGAUGAAUCCAAUUUAAGUGUUUUUAGCGAUAGGACAAGGCUAUUUGGAGAUGCCGAGGUGUGUUUCGAGCUCUAAAGAAUGGCUUCCCUAAUAACCUUUCCUUCAAAGACACGUCAGUGUAUCAUGUAUGUGGAAUAAUUUUAUUCUUAGCUAAGUGGGCAGAACAGAAGCGGUGCGCUUCAAAAUUAACGUUGAUUCUUUUCUCAAUUCAAAAUAAUUCCUUAUACUCGUUGUUCUCUUGACGCUUUAAGCAAGUACUAUCCGUCAAAAAUCUUGAUUUUUUUAUUUAAAUGUUGUCGUAAGGUGGGGCAACAUCUCAGUCGGACUACGUACGCUUCUUGGCCUAAACUGGAUUACUACACCUCUGUUAGAGCACUCGUUGCAGGCUUCUUCAUGAAGUACUCUUCAUGCAUGUUGUGCCAUCGGUUUGCAGUAUGAAGCUGUCUCUGUCGUAUCUUACUGCAACAGGUCUUGACAAGCUUUGAAAAUAUAAUUUUUCUAGCACCUUUGCAUGCAAUUAGACAGCCAUCGCGAGGAUGAACGAAGGCAGUGCCCAAGGUAUUCACGAGAAGAUUUAAGAGUCGUGUGCCAGCGGUUCAUCUACUAUGAGGUCCAUUUGGUCCCAGUUUACUAAUAUCAUGCCGGACUUAUAGAUGUGUUCGCAAGUAACAGUGCACACGAACAAGAAACUCACUCCUCGCCCGUUUCCUGGAACAAAUUAUUAUCGGCUGAUGAAGCAAAUAUUCUCACAAAUUUUUCAGAGCCUUCAAAAUGCGCCUUCUUCUUGCAGCUUACAGCCAAACGACCGUCUUUCAUAGCUGGUUGUCCACUUAGUAUCUGCAAUUUUCGCGCUGUCUCUUAAACCUUUUAGUUAAUCUCCCCAGUGGCUGGUAUUAAGCAUGGGCUGAGGUUAGGUUGGCUGGCACAGAACUGACCCACAUGAAAACAGUAUAACUGUGCUUGUUGGUUGAGCAUUCGUGGAGGCAAGAAAAGUGGAAUUCCCAUGUCUAUUGCUCCCUAAAGCAGCAACGCAAUGAUAAUGUGGCCUACAUAUUCUGUGCACCGAGUAAUAUGCCAAAAGACCCCACAAAUUAGCCUUUAUCAGUUACUGCAACGUUUCUGCAGCGCCCGAAAAUGCAAAGAAAAGCAUGAUUCUCUAUUGUGCCUUAACUCCGCCUAAAUAGGUCUUCAAAAAAAUAAGGCCUGCUGAAAAAAAAAUCGUAUGUGCGUGAAGGAAGGGGGAGCUGAGCGCCGUAUCGAGCAUUUGAAAUCGAACUUGCAGUGCGGAUUACAACUCUGUUCUUUAGUAUGCACCAAACGCCGCGGCGUUUAUCUGUGUCCUAAUGUACGCUGAGACGACUUUACUACCUGCUCAAGAACCAAUGCGCGCAAUGUCGAGAUAAAAUCCACAUGGCUGUUAAGAGGGGGAUUGCUCAAUGUUCUUGAUUGCCUCACCACAACGCUAAAAAACGUGCUUUGAAAGCCCUUAUUAUGCACAGGUCGUGGUGAGGAUAAUGCAGAAGGAAGCCUACAUGUUUGGGUUGAUCUGACGAAUGAUUUUUUCGUGAUUAGUUUCUGUAAAAGUAAGAAUUGUGCAAAGUUUAUGACAGUGGUCAAUAAAGGUCGAAUACUUCCGGCGAGCAAUCUCAUAGCGCUGAUGCCGAUAACGCAGGUUCCAGUUCUGCUAAGUCACCGACCGAUUAGCCGUUACGCCGGCAACGGAACUAUUGUUUUAGCCGUGUCUCGCACGGUCCAUCGCUUUCAAGCUUUGUAGUCUGUCCUGUUCAGCUGCGACUCAAGUGACAUUUUUUGUGUUCUAAUAUAAAAUACUAGUUUUGAUUAUGUUAAAAAGGAUCCUGUAACUGUAGUCGCAAUCACCUUAUACGGGGUUUAUCAGUGCCUAUAAUAAGUAACGACAAUUUUGGAUGUAAUUGGGAAGGGAAAGAAACUGUUUAGCUAGAAAUUAGUAAGUUCGGUGACUGGUCCAGGGGCUUUUUGCAAUCGUAGGUAUUCGAAAUAUUUUUCGCGGCCUUUGGAGACUUUCGAACAAACAAAACGUUACAACUUUUA